AUGAAGGUUACUGAUGCUUUUUUGUGCCUCUGCGCAGCCUCUCUUUCAUUCGCUCUUGUCUCAGCACAAACCAUUGCUCAGAUCAAUGGGAAUCGCUUCGUCUCACCGUACCGCAACCAAAAUGUCUACAACGUCACAGGACUGGUCACUGCCAUCGGACCAGAUGGGCUGUGGAUCCGCUCUACCACUCCAGACUCGGACAUUCGUACCUCUGAGUCGGUCUAUGUCUUCGGCCGUAUCUCCAGCAAUGUUACCUUGACUACGGGUGAUAUCGUUGUGCUCGACGGGAUUGUUUCCGAGUACAGGUCCAACUCGGCAUAUCUGUACAUGACAGAGAUUUCUCGGCCUACCAAUGUAAAGGUGCUGUCCCGGGACAACGAGGUGAAACCGGUUGUUCUGGGAAAACAAGACACCAGCCCACCGACAGAGCAGUUCACCUCACUGGACAACGGUGAUGUCUUUGGGGUGCCGAACAAUGUCAGUCUGAUCUCCGUGGUGAACCCUGUCCUUCAACCAUGGACCUACGGCCUUGAUUUCUGGGAGAGUCUGUUGGGCGAGCUGGUCACCGUCAAAAGACCCAAUGCUGUUGGCAAACCGAACUCGUACAAUGAAACCUGGGUAGUUGGGAAUUGGAGGAAGACUGGCAAGAACAAAAGAGGAGGUUUGACCCUGACUCCAGGAGACGGGAAUCCUGAAGCCAUUAUUAUCGGUACGCCCCUCGAUGGCACCGUUAAUCCGGAAAAUAUCAAGCUUGGGGACGACCUCGAAGACAUCACCGGUAUCGUGUACCAGGAAUUUGGGCUUUACUACAUCCUUCCAUUGACAAGCCUUUCCAUCAUCGACUCGAAGCAACCGGCAUUGCCAGACCCUAUCAGUUGGGACUCGAAGGGGAGCUGCAAGAAAAUCACGGUGGGACAGUAUAAUGUUGACAAUCUGGCUUCAAACUCCGCCACCCUGCCUGGCAUCGCUUACGAUAUUGCCUACUAUCUCAACUCUCCGGAUCUGGUAUUCUUACAAGAAAUUCAAGAUAACAGUGGUCCUACAGACGACGGCGUCGUAAGUGCCAAUAUCACAUUGGAGACCCUUGUGAGCGCGAUCGAAGACGCCGGGGGAGUGUCAUACAGCUACGUUGACAUCGAUCCUAUCAACGACGAAGACGGCGGCGAGCCCGGUGGCAACAUCCGCGUCGCCUAUCUUUACAACCCUGACGUCCUACACCUUAAGAAUCCCAACCCAGGCUCCUCCGUUGACGCCAACGAAGUGCUCCCAGGUCCGUCACUGAAGUACAACCCUGGCCUAGUCGAUCCAACAAACUCAGCCUGGCAAGACAGUCGUAAACCGCUGGCGGCAGAAUGGGAAACGGUUAAAGAUAAAUCUACACUUUUCACUGUGGUCGUCCACUUUACAUCCAAGGGUGGCAGCUCCUCGAUUGAAGGCGACCCGCGCCCGCCUGUCAACCUCGGGGUAGAUCAGCGCAAGGCCCAAGCGAAUGUGACUGGAACAUUUGUCUCGCAGAUCCUUGAUCACGAUCCCCACGCCGCCGUCAUCGUUGCAGGAGACUUUAACGAAUACGCAUUCGUGGAGCCUUUGGAGACCUUUACUGCGGUCUCUGGGCUCGUGAACAUGGACGACGCUGCGGGCAUUGCCCCCACCGAACGAUACACGUAUAUUUUCGACAUGAGUUGUGAGGAGUUGGACCAUAUGUUUGUGAGCCCCAGAAUAGCCGGCACUCCUGGAGCCAGGCCGGAUUUCAAACACGUACAUGUCAACACAUGGGCGGCAUACGCCGAUCAGAAGUCGGAUCACGAUCCCAGUGUGGCGAGGCUGAAUAUUUGCUAG